GAGGAAGGGCAAGUGACCUGAAACGAGAGGAGAGUUACUUUCAAAAUAAAACAUGAAAUUCACGAGACAGAUCCCAAGACAAGACAACCUCACCGCGGUGUGACACUGACUGGCCUCUUCAUGUAACAGACCUAAUGAGAACAGAGCUGGUUCGGAGAGGGCCGUAUCAUGUACCAGCUGAUUUCAUUUUUCCUUUUUGUGUAUUUAUUAUUGAAAAGGUUUAUUUAUUUGCACAUAUUGAUAUAUUGAUUGGAUUAUCACUGUUUAAACAAAUGAGCAUUUCUUUGGACCUGGUCUUUGGUCUUUUCUCGUGGGGAUGGGGCGCUAUCAAUAAAGCUCGCCUAGGGCACCAAAUGGUCUAGGACCGCCCCUGACUGUAUGAACGGGUUGAAUGGUCCCUCUUAUCAAUACGUAGACUGAGACACCUGCAUAUUCUCAUUAACAAAGCAAUCUUAGGUUUUCUUCCUUCUAACCUGUUGUCCGACAUUAGCCGAAGUUAUGCUGGGACGUGCAAUCCUCUGUCUGUGGAAUUGUUCUUGCUGUCUGUCCCAAAAGUCAGAACUGAACUGGGAAAGAAGGCAUUUAGGUUUGCAGCUCUCUCUGCCUGGAAAGUGGUACAGAAAACUUUGAAACAAAAUGAGUUGGUCUCAGGGGAAAUUGGAUGACCUGGAGGCAGAAACAUCUGGUUGCAGAUGUUUUGCCUGAUGCUUUUGUGUUUUUAAUGUUUGUGUCCACCUUGUGUUUGUGUGUAUGUAUGAUUAUGCUGCUGCCUGUCUUGGCCAGGAUACUCUUGUAAAAGAGGGAUUUUUAAUGUAAAUGAGUCUUUUCCUGAUUAAAUAAAGGUUAAACAAAAUUAAAGUAUAAAGUAGUAUAAAUUAUUAAAACUCUGUGCAGUGCUGUACAAAGUGCAACAUCUGGUCACCAUAGUCUAUCUCCCUAGACAGAUUGCCCACACUGUGCAUUGCCACUGCAAGAAUGUGGUCCUCUGAAUAGCCUAAGUGUAUAUUACAACAGUGCUCUGAGUUUAUGGCUGGUCCACUUUGUGUUUAAGUGCUCACUGCUGCUCGGAAUGACUAUUUACAAAUACAGCUUCAGUGUGCUUCAUCUAUGCAGCACUUAGAAAUUCUGAUAUUUAUCUUAGUAAAUAUCAAGAACUUUUAAAUUUGUACUUCUCAAUUACUCAAAACUAAAAUCAUUUCCAUGUCAAACUAUUAUUGGUCAUUUAGAUGAUUAUUGUUGAAAUUCCAAAUAUGGUGAUGUAAUAAUGUUGCUUAGACUAUUUGACAUUUAUGAUAACAGAAAGCGUUUGAUUGGAUAGCAGAGUGAAUUUGAUGAUUAUUUAGGUGGCUUCAAUGUUGCAACGCUGGUACAAGGGAGAUGUUUCAGCACGUGUUUCCCAAGUUCGUCGCUCUGUUGGGUUCUAUUGGGUGAUAUUUGAGGUUGGGGCGUAUGUCAGUUGAUUUACUAUGACUCAUCCUUUGCCACCAGACUUGUUGGACUGUUUUCCGGGCAGCAAUGUUUCAUGUAUUGGGGUACGGUUAGGUUUUUGGCCAAAUUUUUUCCUCUAUUUGGUGUUUGUUUCAGGCAUGCUCGUUACCAUUUUAGGGAACUCUCUUGUCAUUGUGUCAAUUUGCCAUUUCAAACAGUUACAUAGUCCUACCAACGUGCUCAUUUUAUCUCUUGCUCUGGUUGAUCUGCUAGUGGGUGUUAUUGUGAUGCCCUUCAGUGCCACCCGGACUGUUACUGGCUGCUGGUUCUAUGGUGAUACAUUCUGUCAUCUCCAUUUCAGUUUUGAGGUGUUGCUCACCACUCUUUCAAUCUUCCACCUAAUUUGCAUUGCUGUCGACAGACAUCAAGCAAUAUGUAAUCCUCUGCAUUAUUCUAGAAACAUCACAAUGUCAGUGGCUGUGAUGAUGGCAUGUGUCAGCUGGGCACUGGCUGCUGUCUAUGCUUAUGGAGGACUUUAUUCAAAGGCCAAUGAGGUAGGGUUAGAGGAUUUGGAAUCAUUUAAGUGCAUUGGUGGUUGUUUCAUUUUCUCUAACCCACUUUGGGAGAUUUUGACCAGUGCUUUGUGCGUUUUCUUUCCCUGCACUGUGAUGGUUUGUCUUUACACUCAAAUAUUUUUUGUGGCUCAACAGCAUCUAAGAAAGAUUGAAGAUAAGAACAAUUGUUUAAAUGACAGAGGGAGAGUUGGAUUGGUUAAAAAGUCUGAAAGCAAGGCUGCAAAGACUCUCAGUAUUGUGCUUGGUGUAUUCAUCUUUUGUUGUGUGCCUUUAUAUUUGCUACAUUUGAUUGGUUCUCUCGCUAGCUUGAGGAUACCUUUUCUGCUCUCUGAAGUAUUUUACUGGAUGAAUUACUUCAAUUCAGCCUGUAACCCCAUUAUUUAUGCCUUGUUUCAUCCUUCCUUCAAAAAAUGUUUUCAUUGCAUAAUCACUUUAAAAAAUUUUAGCUCUCAUUCUUCAAAUAUGAAUUUAUCUGAUAAAUGACACAUCUCAGCAUUAAAAAUAUUAACUGUUCAACCUCUUCAGAUAAUAGAUUUUGGAGUUUUCAUCGUGUAAGGCAUGCAUUUGUGUAAUCUGCAGAGAGGCCUUUGUUUGUUGCAAUUGUCAUCAAUUAUAACAAACCACUGUUUUUAUUCUGAAUGUGAUAGCGGUACAUUAUGCACAUAACAACGUCCUUCAUUACUGAGCAAUCUUUUGUUUACACACUAUUUUUAAUGGAAAUAUUUUCAGUACUUGUAGUGAAACAACAACUUGCAACAAUAACUUCUAUACUCAAUUCCGAUGAGUGAUACUUACUCAAUUCCUAAUGAUACAUCCCUUGAUCAAUUUAGACUUCUAAAAAUGUAUCACGUAUCAAUGCUGUUACAGAGUAUGUAGAAUCUCUCUGAAAUUACUUUAUUUCACCUUACAGAUGGCAAUGUGCCAACUGCACCUCAGGAGCUAUUUUGGGCUUCAGUAUCUUGCUCAAGGAUACUUCAAGGAUUUUUUGCUUGAGCGCUUUUCUUUUUUUGGUUUACUUUUUGUUUGUUUGUUUACAACGACUUAUGCCACAUUGCCUACAGAGCAGUGCUACUACUGUGUACCAGGCAGAAAUGUCUCAUGUUUGGUUUCCACAUUGAUCCUUUCCUUUCCUUUUGGAAGCAUUGUACUGGUUGACUUACUCGAAAUCAGCCUGUAACCCCAUUAUUUAGGCUUUGUUUUAUCCCUCCUUCGAAAUAUGUUUUCAUUGCAUAAUCACUCUGAAGAUAUUUAGCCCAGAUUCUUCAACUAUGAUUUUUUCUGUUAAAUGACACACGUAAUAUCAAUAUGAUACGUUAUAAAUAACUAUUGUUGUUAA